UAUGGACUAAGUUUGGACGGGCAUCAAGCUCACAUUAUGCUUAGUGAAUUACACCUAAAAGCUGCUUUACAAAACAGACUUUCCAUGCAGCAUAUGUCUAAUGUUAAUUCUUUAAAACAAGACAGUGCAUUGCCUGAAACAGAGCCGUUUGAGGCUGAAUACACCUCACACGACGAAAGACCUCUCUGAGUUUUAACGGAACCGCUACUCCAAGGAGUCUCGCUUUUCACCUCUACCCUCCCUUUCUCCACCUGCUCCUGAGGGCGUGCACUAAGCACACUGUUACCGGAGAUAUACACUUAUGCUACUGAACUCUACAACGGAGAGUCGCCAGCAUGCACAACCACGCUGUAUGAAGAAUGUGAUUAUCAGUGACUGAAUUGGAUUAAAUUAAAUUAAUCGUGACACUCGAGCACCACGUCGACCUCCAGCAACAUACAAACCCGCGCGAAACGAUUACUGCACAAGACUACAAGACUAGACGCUCGCGCUGAUUAUGACCGCAUCCGAGGCUCUCUACAAGACGAGCGCGUGGUGGGGAAGCAUCAGUUAUAGGUCACAACUCAACGCACAAGGAGCUUGCGCGCGUCCUCUGUUGAUAAGACACAAGACCUUCUAACUUAAAAGAAAUUUGCGCUUAUAUUUGCGACGACUGUUGAACGUACAAUUUCAAUCUCCAGGUUCUCUAUUCUAGAUUCAGCAUCGUGACACUACAUUGAAGAUUUAUUUUCUGGAAUUCCGAAAGAAAUAUCAUCUGUUGCUGCAACCGGUUUAAUUAAAGAAAGAAAGGAAAGAGCCCUUGUAGACCGAUAUUGCCUUGCGCACGCUGUGAUUGGAAACAGGAGAUGGAUUUAAGUCAGUGCUCUCCGACUGGCUUGCGUGUUUCAGCGUAAAAUGAAAUGGCAGAGGGACUGUGGUCUUCAUUGAUGCUUUUAUUUUCUUUACACGUUGUGUUUCCUACGAUGCUGUGAAAUGGUCCAUCUCUACCACUGCCGGAUUUUCUGCUGUAUUCUCCCCUCUCCUUAUUAAGCUAGAUACCAUCUGACGGGCAACGUGUUUUCCCGUGAAGUGGUGGAGAUAAUACAGAGACAUCUUAAGGAUUUCUUUCACUGAACAAUUUAUAAAUAUUUUUGGAUUAAUGAUGAUGAUGGAGGACGAUGAAUUGGAGACACAUCAGGUUGAAAUCGAUCCGGAUUUCGAACCACAGAGCCGACCUCGCUCAUGCACCUGGCCACUACCGUGUCCUGAGGAUUUCCCCGGACCGGAGGUUAACGGAGGUCUGCCGCUCACCACCAUUAAGGUGGAACCGGAUAGCGUGCCUUGUUGCAGAGCGGGGAAAAGGGGUGUUGCGCCCACCGAUCUGAAACACUCAGCGGGGGCCUCGGCCCCUGCCGCACCAGCCCUCCCCUGCAUGGCAGGAGCCGCUCUCGACGUUGCCGGCCAGCUUCGCAAGGCGAAAUCGUCCCGGCGAAACGCAUGGGGCAAUCAGUCCUACGCAGACCUCAUCACCCGAGCUAUCGAGAGUACGCAAGAUAAAAGACUCACGUUGUCUCAGAUCUACGACUGGAUGGUCCGUUACGUUCCAUAUUUCAAAGAUAAAGGCGACAGUAACAGCUCAGCUGGCUGGAAGAACUCGAUCCGGCACAACUUGUCGCUGCACACCCGCUUUAUACGCGUGCAGAACGAGGGGACAGGGAAGAGCUCCUGGUGGAUGCUGAACCCAGAUGGGACCAAAUGCGGCAAGGCCCCGCGACGACGCGCCGUCUCCAUGGACAACAGCACCAAGUACCUGAAGAGCAAAGGCCGUGUCAGCCGCAAACAGAAGUUGCUGGGUCGACCGGGCCAGGGGCCAGGCUCAGGUCUGGGUUCAGUGAACCGGGUCAGCUUACGUGGCUCUCCCGAGCAAGGCGGUUCCCCGACGGGGCCUCCGCCCGCGGUGUCGGGGGUCGGCGGAGCGAUGGAGGAGUUUGACUCCUGGACGGAGCUCCACUCGCGGGCCAGCUCUUCCGGCUCCACGCUGAGCGGCCGCCUGUCGCCCAUCCUGGCCGAGGGGGAGCUGGAGGAGCCAGAGGACGGACGGCUGUCCUGCUCCACCUCCCCACACCUCUACCCGAGCCCCACCGCUGCCACCGCCACCGCCCGCUCCCCAGCCAUGGGCUCCACCAACCCUCACUGCCCCAGCCUCGAGCUCCCUCAGCUGGCUGACCUGACUGGUGCAAUCAGUCUUGAGGAGGGCUACCACCACACUCACCUCCAGCAGCAGCAGCAGCAGCAACAACAGCAGCAGCAGCAGCAGCAGCAGCAGCAGCAGCAGCAGCACCAUCCCAGCCGACACAAGCACCAGGGCUACCACUACAACUCUGUGGUAAAGGGCCAGGGACCCUGCUGCAGCCCCGUCUACAGCCAGGCCGGCGGGGGAAUGCUCCGGCACCACUCCCCCAUGCAGACCAUCCAGGAGAACAAGCCGGCGAGUUUCCCCGAGAGCCUGCAGGUCUACUCUGGCACCAACGCUCUGCAGAGUCUGCUCAGCUCGGCGCCGCAGUACUGUGCGAAGGAUAUGAUGCUGGGGCAGGAGAGAGAGGGCCACCCCAUGAUGGUCACACCCCCGGCUAACGGCGUUGGUCCCACCAGUCAUCAUCACCACAGUCACACCGUCGUCCACCACAACCUCAACGGCACACAUCCCCACAACCCCACACACACACACAACGGCACACACGGGCACAGCGCCGCCGGCCAGCACACGCCCGGCAGCGGCAGCUCGGCUCCCCACAACCACCACUCGCCACACAGCCACGGCCUGAGCCACAGUCAGACGCACAGAGCCAGGCCUGCAGGGGGUGCCGGUGGUACUCACCUCCAGCCUUACAGCCACAACCCCAAAGCCCCCUACAUGUACAGCCCCCCUGCCCACGCGCACUUACCCGCCUCCACAACUCUUCCCCCCAACCCCGCCAACGUCCAGGGCGUCCCGCAGGACGCCUGUCACCUGGCCACCACCCCCCACCCUUACCCACGUCACCACAGCAACCCCUACCACCACAGCCACAUGGCCGACGGACCGUACCAUCACACGCAAGGGAUCGGGGGAGGCGGUGGAACUGGUGGGGGAGGGGGAAGCUUCCUUGGCUACCACCACCACCCCCACCUCCCGGCUCACCACGCUCACGCCCACGACCGCUUACCGGCCGACCUGGACCUGGACAUCUUCCACGGCAGCCUGGACUGUGACGUGGAGUCAAUUCUGCUGCAGGACAUCAUGGACUCGUCUGAAGAGAUCGACUUCAAUUUUGACUGUACACUGGCGCAGGGGGUGGGUAUCGGCAUGGGCAUGGGGAUGGGGAUGGGCGUCACCAUGGGGAUGGGCGUUACCAUGGGCAUGGGGGGCCUCGGGGGGCCUCAGCAGAACCACAGCAACCAGAGCUGGGUGCCCGGCUGAGGGGGUUGGCUGGGGUGGGACCUUCCCCAGACCCCUCAGCUCCUGCCCAGAGCGCUGAGCCUGUCAUUCCAUGGGCUUCAGAGAGGUCCCCACAUCCACGCCCCUCUCCACAGUUACACAGCAUUGUGCUUCAGCUUGUGCUGUUCCUUCUUUUAAGGGGAGAAAAGACAAGUCGAGGACAGACUGAAGGAGCAAGGAGUGGCUGGAGGAUGGGGUAGGGGUGGAGUGUUGGGACAGAAACCCCCGAAGAUAUCUUGACUCGCACAUCACGACUUGCCAAGUUCACGUCCUGGUCAUCCCUCUGUGUCGUGGUAAAAAGUGUACCCCCGUUUGAACUCGCCCCCUUUCCCUACUUCGUCCGCCUCUCUGUCUCCUGCUCUGUUUAAUCUCGUUCGCCCCAGCUGUGAUGACAAUCUCAAACCGCGUCGGCCAACUUUUGCCUUGGUCUCUUCUCCACUCGAAGAACAAAAAAAAAAAAAGAAA